CCCUGGGUGAAGAGAAGUGUAUUUGGGAUUCUAGAGAGUAGUCUGCAUCUACAAUUGCCUCUGGGGGGAGGGAAUUUGGGCUGGCAAAGCUGGGGGGGGAAAGGGCAGUUCUACCAGACACUGGGAAAGCAGCACAGGCCAGGCAGCGGAGAGCAGACGACCUGGGACAGUUUGCCCUGAAAGACUUUGAUAGCCUGAAAGAGGAGGACCAUAGUGACCUGGCCAGAGGGCUAAGUCAUGAAGAGGAAGCUGUAGCUCCUAGAGCAAGAGGGGUUGCAGGGUGAGAGAGGAUGAUGGGUAGAGAGACUGCUAGAGAAGGGCACAGCACCUGGAAGGAGCUAACCUGCAGAGUGGCCAGGAGGAGGUGUCACAAGUGCAUAUUUUUCUGUGACAGCUUUUAAUGCUCCAGUGUUCUUCUGGACUACGAGUCUGGUAUGCCUUGCGGCAGAAGCGGGACAGAGUAAUGCUAGACCCCAGGCCUUCCUUUUAAAGGUUUCAUAGCAAUAUCGGGAAAAGUUCCACGAUAGACCAUGCCUGUCCCUCCCCCUCCAGCUCCUCCACCUCCCCCAACUCUUGCACUGGCAAAUACCGAAAAGCCUUCCUUAAACAGGUCUGAACAAGCAGGGCGAAAUGCUCUCUUAUCUGAUAUUAGCAAAGGAAAAAGGCUAAAGAAGGCUGUUACUAAUGAUAGAAGUGCCCCUAUCCUAGAUAAACCCAAAGGAUCUGGUGGUGGUGGCAGCAGUGGUGGAGGAAGUGGUGGAGGAGGUGGUGGUGGCAACUAUGGCGGAGGUGGACCACCUGGCUUAGGAGGCCUGUUUCAGUCAGGAAUGCCAAAGCUCAGAUCUGCAGCAAAUCGAGAUACAGAUUCUGGAGGAAACAGACCUCCCAUGCUGCCACCAGGAGGAAGAACAACAUCUGCCAAACCUUUUUCACUUCCAGGUGCCGUUGGGAGAUUUCCAGGGCCUUCUUUGGGGCAAAGAAAUACUGCUCCCGAACCACAGAGAAACCGAAUGCCACCUCCGAGACCUGAUUUUGGUUCCAAACCAGAUACAGGACCUCCUCCAGUGCCAAAUACUCCAAGACCCAUUCCAUCAGGUUUACACAACAGAGUAUCCCCUCCUGUGCCAAGAGUAAACAGGCAAACCAACGCGGGGCCUAUCCCUCCAUCUUUCCCAGGAAACAGAAAUACAGGAUUCGGAGGAUCUAUUCGCCAGUCGACUGCAAGUUCCUCGCCUUCUUUCUCUAACAGACCUCCCCUUCCUCCUGCGCCUGGCAAGUCAACAGAUGACAAGCCACCACCGCCACCUCCUCCAACAGGAAACAGGGCACCCAUCAGCCGGGAACCUUCAUUUCCACCUCCACCGCCUCAAAACAAUAAACCUCCCAUUCCUUCCACGCCUCGGCCAUCCACUGUCUCACAGGCUCCACCCCUGCCUCCAGGCAGGCCAGGCCCACCUCCAAUUCCACCCAUUUCCAGUGGAAAUGAUGACAUGCCACGUCUUCCACAAAGGAAUCUCUCUCUAGGUUCUCUUGCUCCUCCCAGCUUGCCUGGGACGGGUCGAUCCGUCCCUCUUCCUCCCGCUCCAAAUGAGCGGCCUCCUCCUCCAGUAAGAGAUCCACCUAGCAGAUCAGGACCCCUUCCACCUCCUCCUCCUCCUGUAAACAGAAAUGGCAGCAUUUCACGGGCAUUGCCUGCUACUCCACAGCUGCCUUCCAGGGCAGGAUUAGAAAACCAGAGAGGUGGACCAAGGCCUCCACUUCCUCCUGACAGACCUGGUUCCGGAGCUCCUCCACCACCACCUCCUGCACCAUCAUCAGCAAUCAGAAAUGGCUUCCAGGACUCAUCAUGUGAAGAUGAGUGGGAAAGCAGAUUUUCCUUCCAUCCGAUAUCUGAUCUGCCACCUCCAGAGCCAUAUGUACCAAUGAACAAAAGUUACCCCAGUAAACUAGCAAGGAAUGAAAGCAGAGAUGGCUCUGGCCGAAGGGAAAGAGGUGUCCCACCGCUCCCGCCUAUACCGAGGUGAAGUGGGUUUCCAGCCCUUCUCAGAGUGACUGCUGUUUUGAAGUGUCUCUUGAAUUACUUCUCACGCCCAUGUCAUUGGAAAGUUGCCUCUUCUGCUUUAUUUCCACUUUUGGCUUGUGAUUAGGGGGAAUUUGAGUAUCUGUUAGAGAAGUAAGAUACAGUUUAUGAACUGUAGUUGCUUAAAACUGUAGAUUUUACUUGCUUAUAUAGCAGGCUGUCAUGAAAGGCAUUUUGGGGACUAUAUAUAACAAUAUAUAUAUUCUUACUGGGUCCAGUCCUGUUCCCAUUGAUCUUGGUGGGAGUUUUGCCAUUGAAUUCAACAAGAAUGGGCGAAAGCCCAUUGACUAGUUUUGGGUGAAGUAGUUGUAACAUUACAACUACAAAUUCCAAUAAUUUACUGCUGUCUGUCUGGAAACUAGUCAGAUGGGGACAGCACACAGAUGAAAUUCCCUUGGAUCUUUUUUUGCAUGCUUCCGUGCCCUAUCCCGCUUCUGCAUGCUACUGCCCAACUUUUAUGUGAGUCUGCAAGUUAAUAGUUCAAUGCAAAUUCUUUUGACCAUAGUUUAGCCUGUCGGAAGCGUGUGUUUAUGCUACAGAUUGCCUUCCCUGAGGGUGACAACUAAAUGGCAUAAUUUUCUGACACCCCAUGAGCACUGGGCUCCAGCAAAGGCUAUCUCCUUCCAUCACUCCAGGGAAAGGUUGCCAUGACAUGAAGGAGCAUCCUCAAAAGAAGAGAGAAAAUUGGGAAUUCAGCAGUGUAAUAGUGUCCUGUAUGGCCCUGAUGACUUGUUUUGUAAUAGUUUUAUGUUGUUAAUCUCUACUUGUCCUUUCCAUUUGAAUGUGGAUCAUGCCGCAGUUAUCCAUGCCCUCAAAAUUGGAUUACGGUAAUGCUCUUUAUGUCGGACUACACCUGAAGGCUACUCAAACUAUGACUAGUACAAAAUGCAGCAGCCCCCUUAAUUAUAUGCUCCUUCUGUGAAGCCUGCUAACACCUAUGCGCCACAGAUUGCAUUGGCUUCCCAUUUGGUUCUGGGUAUAAUUCAAGAUGUUUUUGACUAAUGAAGCUCUGUGUGGUUUAGCUGUUCAAGAAAGUGCUUCUCCCUUGUGUUACAUGGCAAUUGAGAUCAACUGAGUGCUUGAAUGAAUGGCUCUCACUUUUAAAUAAGAGGAAUCUGGUGGAAGGGCAUUUUUUAGUGAAAGCCAUAAACUCUGGAACUUUCUGUCCAUGCUGGUUCAACAGGGGUGGAGUAUAUUGACCUUCUGAGCUUGCUCUAUGGCCUACCUGGGUCCAAACUUUUGUUUGAGAGGGUAUCAGGAGGGACCUGAAGGAAAUUUCCUUAUUAGGAGAAAGCAAACCUUUUUUAGGCAUUGUGAUGAUUAAUGAAAUUGCAGAACUGUUUUUAAAUAUUGUACGUGAGCAAAGAGUGUUUGUUUAGUUCAUUUUAUAAACUGAUAUCAACAAAUGGAAAAAGACAUUGGAAAUCAUAGGAGGACUUUGAUUCUGGAUUUGAGCAUGGCUGAUGAAUGUAUUUCUGUCAGCUGGACUUCUGAAAGUUAGCUUUGAAGAAUGACUAUCCGUCACCUCCCCACCAAUCUCUGACUCUCUGUGUGCUCAUUGGAGUCCCCAGGAAGUCCUCACUGAUGGACAUGUUUCAUACUGUGUUGCUCAUUAAAUCAGAGGAAGAAGCCAUGCAGUUUAGAAAUAUAUUGGGAUAAAUGCCUCCCCCAACCCAGCAGUGGAAAACAUGAUUCCUGAUUCAGCUCUGCGGGUUUUGUUACAGUAUGAUACUUUUGAGCCCAGCACUUGAACAUCUGCACGGGGUUGGGUUGGCAGAAGAGACUCUUCAAAAUGAACAUUGAACCCUAGGGAAACAUGUCCAGUAGGACCUUCUCCAUUAUGUGACUAUGCAGUGGCAGAUCCCAUCCUGUCUUACAGUCUGUGCAAUCCCGUUGACAACAGGGUAGGAUUUGAACAUGAUAAAUAUAGCUUUGCCUUUCCAGUAUGUUUGUUUACAAAGUCACGUUUGGAUUUUUUUUACCUAUGAUAGUAUUUGAUAAAAUACGUAUUUUUACAUUUUGAUAUCUCUGGGCCUAAUUCUGAGAUGUGUUCCACAGACCUGAUCCUACAUCGAAAUCCACUCAGCAGCGCACCCAUACGCACACGCGCGCAUGCACGCACACACACACACACACACACACACACACAGCUGCAGGAUCAGAGCCAUGUGAGCUUCUUGCACAGAUUUCAGAAGAAGCUCCCCCUGUGAAAUGUAUCUUUGGAUCAAGCCCAUGUGAUCAGUAAAUAUACUAACAUCACUUGUAAGAAUGGCACUUAAAAAAACCAAAAAACAUACAGGCUAUGAAUAUUGAAAGUCUGUGUGUGGCCCACUAUUGUGUGAGUCUAAAGUCCAAAGAAGAUUUAAAACACCUAGUGAUAUUUAUAGGAUAAAUGAUUGUAUUCAUGCUGUUUAAACCAAAGCACUUAUGGCUUUGAGGAAUGACAUCAUGGACUUAAUACAAUAUUUUAAUGCAUCACCCUGCCAAAGUCUUAAUAAAAUAUGAAUAGUUAUGGAGUGUAGCAACUGAGAGCAACUCCAGAUGUUAUAUAUUUUUGUAACUUAUCUGCAUAUAGCAAAACAGUUUUACUUCGGCUGUGUCAAUGAAAAUGCUGUAUUUCAUUCCUGUAGCUGACUGCACCAUCCAAAAUACUCCACAAUUCACUUCCUGAGCAGAAUUUCUCUAAUAAUAAUAACCAAAGCCAUAACAAAUUAGCCUAAGUCUAAUUUUAAACUGUGAUGUGGGCUUCAGUGAGGGAAGCAAAGAAAUCUAAUCUGUUUGGAACUGUCUGAUUCUUAGCACUUUCUUUCGAGUAGAAAUUUUUUCAAUAUGUAUACGCUAAGCAUCCAUAAAACACCUUUGAAAAAUGAAAGUAGUCAUUUUUCCCUCAGAUACUAUUAAAUGUAUAUUAUUUGAUUGUAAAAUUCACCAAAUAUAUUCAAAAAACAGUGCAUCAUUUUAACAUUCAGUAUAUCAUUUUGUAUACAAGUAGAUAGUUACCAUAAGAUCAGUAUUACAGUAUUUAUUUCACUAUGUAUAAUGUUUAAAAAAGAUAAGCAUGAAACAAAACUGGUUAAUCCAAGGGUGUCUUACUAUAUUUUAACAAACUUUUGAUAUCAAAAUAGCAAUUACUGCCUUUUUAUAAAAAUUUUAGAUGUUAUGCUUUGAUGUCUAAUGUAAAAUACAAAACAGUGCUUAUAGAGUGAUAAUACGUUUGAGCUAAGUGUUUGCAUUUGUAACAUGCUUGAUCCACUAAUUUCAAAGGGAGUGAAAUGUUUGAAAAGACUGCUGGAUCAGGCCUUUAAUUGGGGUAUGAAUGGAAGUUUGCUUAAUUCCAAAUCAAUUUCUGGUGUUAAUGCAUUUGGAAAUUAAGCGCAUUUACCCCACAUGUUUACAGUCAUUGGACCAAUGUAUCUCUUCUGUUAUACCUGUACGAUCCAAUUAACUUCAGUGGGGCUGUGCAAGUGUAUUAGAGGACCACUGACUGACUGACUGUGUUUAGAUUUUAGUAUGUUUAUUUUGGUGGCAUGGCAUUUUAAACAUGCACUCCUUAAACUAUCUUUGUCAUCACCUGAGACUCAAAUUGUGAUAAAGAUGACCACUGAAACUCAUUUCUAUGCAAAUCAACCAGAUAAAUAAAAUCAGAGCUUUCUGUGUGA